AUGGCUGCACUAAGUUGUCUGUUGGACAGUGUGAGAAGGGACAUAAGGAAGGUGGACAGAGAACUCAGGCAAUUGAAAUGCCUCGACGAGUGCACACGUUGCCUCUGCGACUUAUAUGUGCAUCCUUAUUGCUGUUGUGAUUUACAUCCAUACCCGUAUUGCCAGUGCUAUACAAAGUGCUCACGCGUUUGUGGGCUGUGUGAUCUAUAUCCUUAUUGCCUGUGUGAUAUCAAGUUAUUCUGUCUUCGACCAUCAAUCAGAAGUUUGGAGAGGAAAGCCAUUAAAGCCAUUCUGGAUGAAAAGAAAGAACUGAUCAAACUAAGAAGAACAACAAACAAGAUUCUGGCAGCAUCCUGUUGCAGUAGUAACUUACUAGGGUCAGUGAAUGUGUGCGGCUUUGAGCCCGACCAAGUCAAAGUCAAAGUGAAAGAUGGAAAGGUGUUUGUGUCAGCGGAACGUGAGAAUAGAUACGAUUGCCUAGGAUCGAAAAAAUACAGCUACGUGAACAUCUGCAAAGAGUUUACCUUGCCCCCAUGUGUGGAUGAGAAAGAUGUGACUUAUUCUUAUGGACUUGGCAGUUGUGUGAACGUUGAAGCCCCUUGCAACCCAUGCCUUCCAUGUGGUCCAUGCGACCCUUGUAAUCCAUGCAAUCCUUGCAACCCAUGCAACCCAUGCAACCCUUGCAAUCCGUGCGAUCCGUGCGAUCCAUGCUAUCCAUGCGGAAGCCGAAUUUCCUACCGGAAGAUCAAAAUUUAG